AUGUCAGCUGAUUCAACCUCCACGGACCAGCUCCAGACCCAAAAUUUACAACUCCUCGACAAAAUCGAUGAGCUACGUGCCAUCGGAGUCGGAGGGUUAGUUGAACUCCCUCAGAUUGUUGUUUGUGGAAGCCAGUUGAGCGAUAAGAGCUCUGUACUCGAAAGGAUUUCAAAUGUGACCCUUUCAACCAUAAGACAUCCCUGCGACAGGCUGAUCACCGAAAUUGUAUCUCGUCGAGCUUCUCAUGAAAGGGUCAGGUUAUGCAUUCGCCCUGGCGACUCUAGGAUCAACGGGGAAGGGCAGCGGGGACUACGACAUUUCACCUCGGAUGAGAUCGACAUAAGCUCUACCCCCUUUUCAUUCAGCAGGAAGCUCAAGGAGCUUUUGGAACGCGCUAGCAGCUGCAUGGGAUUAUCCACUACAGCUUUGCAAGUCAACGAUGAUGUGCUCAGGGUCGAGGUUUCCGGCCCGCAGCAGCCAGAUCUAACUCUGAUAGACCUUUCCGGCCUGUCUCUCUUUUCAAACACCGUUCAAAACAACGAGGAGAAGGAACUUAUUGAUUCAAUCUUUGAGAGGUACCUCAAAAGUUCUCGGAGUUUCGUCUUGGCCGUCCUCGGUGGGAAGAAUGAUUGCCACGAUCAGAGUAUCUUGAAGAUCAUCAAGCGAUUUGACCCAAACCAGGAAAGACAUUUGCGCAUCGCCGCACCGCCGUGCCCCACAGACCUCGGUUUGGGCAAACAAGAUCCAUAUCUCCAAUUCAUCAAAAUUGAAGAUGUCAAAUCGGAGUCGGGUUGGCAUGUCUUACCCAAUGGAUCUGCCGAAAAGCAGCAUACCCCUGACAACAAGCUGGAGGUCCACGAGAAAGAGCCCUUCGACCAUGGAAAAUGGGCAUCGCUUUCUCCAGAUCAAGUCGGAAUCGAGACCCUGAUAGUUCGCCUCAGCAGCAUUUUACUUUGUCUGAUGCGCCGCAAUCUUCCAGAUCUCAUCGACGACAUCCAGAACAAAAUCUGGGACAAUGAGCUCGAGCUUGAAAAGAUGGGCGCCCCUCGAGCCACUAUUCAAGAGCAACGCCAGUAUCUCAUUGACAUCAGCAGUCAAUUUGGACGUAUCACAAAUCAGGCUCUAAACGGUUCAUACGUGCACCAAUUUUUCGGUGGUUUCAGGGAAGGGACCACCACCAGGACAGGCGAAUUUGAAUUCCAGCGCCUGCGUGCAGUGAUACAGGAGAUGAAUGAAUCAUUCGAAGAAGCUAUGACCAUUCGCGGUGCUCGGCGAAUCGUUCAACUCACAGGCGCCACGAUAGAUGUGGACUCUGAAAUGAAACGCCCCAAUCCUUAUAUGCAUGGGUGGACGCCUGUUUACAUCACCCAAGGCGAUAUGGAACAAGAAAUCGAAGACAUGAUGCAUCGAAGGGGGGUAAUUGAAGAUACAGGUAGGGCAAACCAACUGGUUGUCGGUAGUUUGUUCCGUGAUCAGUGUGAACCUUGGGAAAUGAUCGCUCGGGCUCACGUGCUCAAUACUUGGGGUGCGGUUGAAUGCUUCGUUCAACUCGUUCUUAAGCAUCUGACAGAUGACCAUACCCGCUCCUCUCUCACUGGAAGUGUGUUCAGGUCUGAACUGGACAAGAUGAAAGUGUGCCUCCUGGAAAAGCUUGGUGAACUGUGUCUGCACUACAAGAGCAGCCAUCCAGUUCCUGCUGGAAGGUCAUUUCUUUCCAGAAUCCAGAGCUCAAGAACCAAGCGACAGGUCUCCGCUUCGAACAAAAGCACAAAAUCGAACACUUCGCCCCAAAAGUCGAAUGAACAGCUCAGAGCAGCGGAAAUCAUUGAUCACAUGCAGGCCUAUUAUAAGACUGCGAUUGAUACCUUUGUCGACAACGUCAUCAUAUUGGCGGUGGAGAACUGCCUUCUCCGCAAACUGGAAGAUAUCUUCACAGGAAAGACUGUGAUCGCCAUGGACGAUCAUGAAAUCGAGAAGGUUGCAGCUGAGCCUCCGAAAACUCGGUACAAGCGGGACCGACUGGAAGACGAGGUGUCAAGACUCCACGAAGCGAUGCAGAGCUUGAAGGUCUUUGAUAGGGAUGAUUCAAUGAUGCGAGCCUUUCGUGACUUGGGUAGUGUCGUCCAAAUGUUCCAAGCAUCGCACUUGCCAGCUGACCCAGAUGCUCUUGCAGGAAAAAACAGGAACAGCCCAUCUGAGCUGCACAAAGCGAAAUCAAAGCGGGCUAGUAAGAGCAUUGAAGUCAAAGAAUACACCCCCAAAUCCAGGGCCGAACGUCUCUCGGAAGAAUUCCGCGAAGCCCUCACCGGUCAGGCUUCCCUCUGUGGACAAUGCAGCUGUCGUCAAGAAGGGGUCAUAGUCGGAGAUGAGAGAAGCAUGCGUUUCAGCAAAGGGUGA